AUGGAAAAGCAUAAUUGGGAGCAAUGUGAGAAACGUGUUACCCAAUCAAAUCAUCUCAAUCAACAUAUACGAACACAUAGCAAUGAACAACUUUAUCACAGUGAGGAAUGUGAGAGUUGUAGCCAGUCAAAUCAUCUCAUUCAACAUAUAGGAACACAUACACACCGGCAUAUGCAAGCACCUACCAAUGAGAAGCCUUAUCAUUGCGAUCAAUGUGAGAAGAGUUUUAUCAAGCCAAGUAAUCUCAAACAACAUAUGCGGAUACAUACCAAUGAGGAACUAUUUCAUUGUGAACAAUGUGAAAGAAGAUUUACCCGGUCAAGUCAUCUCAAACGGCAUAUGCAAAGACAUGACAGUGAUAAGCCUUAUCAUUGUGAGCAAUGUGGGAAGAGUUUUUCCCGGCCAGGUCAUCUUAAACGGCAUAUGGAAGCACAUACCAAUGAGAAGCCUUUUCAUUGUGAGCACUGUGAAAGGAGUUUUACCCGGUCACGCUAUCUCAAACGGCAUAUGCAACCCCAUAAACAACCUUUACAAUGUGAGCAGUGUGAGAAGACAUUUACAAUAUCAUGUCAUCUCAAACGGCAUAUGCAAACACAUACCAAUGAGAAUUAUCACUGUGAGCAAUGUCAGAAGAGAUUUACUCAGUCACAACAUCUCAAACUGCAUAUGCAACGACAUACCAAUGAGAAACCUUAUCUCUGUGAGCCAUGUGGUAAACGUUUCUCCAAAUCAAGCAAUUUCAAACAGCAUAUGCGAACACAUACGGGAGAAAAGAAUUAUCACUGUGAGAUAUGUGGGAAACGUUUUGCCCGUUCAUGUCAUCUCAAGCAGCAUAUGCGAACACACACUGGUGAGAAGCCUUAUCAUUGUGGGCAAUGUGAACAAGAUUUUGCAACUUCGAGUACUCUCAAACUACAUAUGCGAACACAUACGGGAGAAAAGCCUUAUCGCUGUGAGCAAUGUGAGAAAUGUUUCGCCCAAUCAAGUACUCUCAAACAACAUAUGCGAACACAUACCAAUGAGAAGCCUUAUCAGUGUGAGAAGUGUCCGAAGAGUUUCACUCAGUCAAAUAUUUUAAAACAGCAUAUGCGAACACAUACGAGAGAAAAGCCUUAUCACUGUGAGCUAUGUGGGACAAGUUUUGCGCGUUCAAGUCAUGUCAAACAGCAUAUGAGAACACACACCAAUGAGAAGCCCUGUAAUUUGGAGCAAUAUUCUCAAAGAUUUGAUAUAGAAAGUUGUCAAAAAAAGCAAAUUAGAAUCCAUCUUUUCAAGAUACAACAUAAACUCAAGAAUUUCACUUACAUAAAUUCAAAUAAUGAAAAUGUGUUGACACCUAUGUCACUGUCGAAAUGUUACUGUCAACAUUGUGAGUAUAUAUAUGGUCUAUUAUCUAGUCAAAGGAAUUCAUUAAUUAUUCAUAAAGGAGAGAAAUAUACAUAUAGAUGGGAAUCAAUGAAUGAUAGAAAACGGUUAACUGUCACACAUAACAGACAAGAUGAGUUUUCAAGUGACGAAGAACAGAAACAAUUGUUUAUUGUGCAUGCUGGGUUCGUUGUUUCAAAAAGAGGAGAUGAUGCAACAGAAGAAUUCAAAUUAUACAGUUACAAGGUUGAUAAGCUCUGA